GUCAACAUAAACAAGGAAUAGCAGCGCUACUUGCGGCUUAUCGAAUGAUCCGGUCAUACUCUCUGAACUGUCAUAGAACUGAGAAGGAGCCAAUCAGUAAGUCUGUAGAAGGACCUCAAGGAACCUCUUGGAUCCUCAUCUAAACCUGUUUACACUGGACAUCCUAAGGAAGGACAGGUAUACCCACACCUGCAGUUAUGGCACCACCUGUCAGUGUGAUCGUGGUUGGAGCAGGAAACCGAGGAACAAACUACUCAGAGUUUGCACUUGUUCACCCUAAGAACAUGAAAGUAGUAGGGGUUGCGGACCCUAGACCUUUUGCGAGAAGGAAGCUUCAGGAGGCACACAAGAUAGCUGAUGAAAAUGCGUUUGAUGACUGGCGCUGCAUAAUACAGAGGGACAAGUUUGCCGAUGCUGCAUUUAUAUGCACACCUGAUCGACUUCACAAGGACCCUGCCAUAGCACUGGCAAGGAAGGGUUAUCAUAUUCUGCUGGAAAAACCCAUGGCUGUAACGGCUGAGGACUGCACAGAGAUUGUGGAGGCUUGCAUCAAGAGUGGUGUAAUGCUCAGCGUGUGUCACGUUCUACGAUACGACCCUCUCGUCCACAAAAUAAAAGUCCUGAUUGAUAGCGGCGCUAUCGGGGAUGUGAUACACAUUCAGCACCUGGAGCCGGUGGGAUUCUUUCAUUUUGCCCAUUCCUUUGUGAGAGGGAACUGGCGAAAUGAGGCAGAGAGCUCCUUUGCCUUGAUGGCCAAGUCUUGCCAUGACGUGGACCUCAUCCAUCACUGGGCUGGUGGACGCAGGUGUAUAAAGGUGUCCUCCUUUGGGUCUCUGAGCCAUUUCCGCAAAGAAAAUAAGCCAGCAGGGGCUGCAGAUCGCUGCCUAGACUGCCCUGUGGAGAAAGACUGUGCUUACUCAGCAUGUAAAAUCUACCUGGACAGAGUUAAAAAGGGGGUUGUUGGCUGGCCAGUGUCAGUGAUCUGCUCCAAUGCUCUUCCUGAUAUCGAAUCAGUAACUGAGGCUCUAAAAACCGGUCCGUAUGGCCGCUGUGUCUAUGAGUGUGACAAUGAUGUGUGCUCCAAUCAGGUUGUGAACAUGGAAUUUGAAGGUGGUCUCACUGCUGCCUUUUCCAUGGUGGCAUUUACAAAAGAGAUCUGUCAACGCAAAACAACCAUCUAUGGGAGCAAGGGAGAGCUAUCUUAUGAUGGCAACGAGAUCAAAGUGUUUGACUUCCUGACCCAGAACACAACUAAACACUCAACAGAUGUCAGAGUUCCACAAAGCUUUUGCAUGUCUGGUCAUGGAGCAGCAGAUUAUCACCUGGUUGACGCCUUCAUUUCAGCUGUAGCAAAUAAAGACGCAUCCCUGAUCCGAUCUGGUCCUAAAGAAACAUUAGCAAGUCACAAGCUAGUGUUUCAGGCUGAGCGUUCGCGUCUGGAAAACAGAGUGGUGUUUUGUGACACUGAUAAUUAAUUAAGAGGGCACAAAAAGUGCUGAAGUUUGAAAAAACUUGACCCUUGUACUGAAAUUACUUUUCUUUGGUAUUUUUUAUUUUGUAUUUGUGUCUUGGUUACUAGAACAUGCUGCUCAAAUCAAAGGAUGAAGUAAUUGAUACCUUGUUCCUAGAAUUACAAUUUUUGAUGGUGGGGAUUCAGAAAGAUGAUAUAAUCACAGAAGUAAUAGUGAAAGAGAGAUUCCUUAUGUACUUGAUUUAUAAAUAUUAUGUCUAAUUUGACUAUGAUUUGUAUAAGGAUAUAUGUAACAAAUAUGAACGUUCCAAAGAGAUAUCUGUGGGAGAAUUCAGAUGAAGAGUUGAUUGCAAACAAUGUUUAAUUUUAAACUCCAACGUU